GCCUUUCAGAGGACGGACGGGACUUAAAUGAACUACAAGUCCCAUGAUGCAGCGUAAACGUCCAUUUCCGUCUCCCGGUCGAUAAAGCGGCUGUAAGUAAGUCGGCAGAGACGGCGUGUCUUUGAAAUGGAGACGCUGCUAAGAGGCGUGCGGGCUGCGCUGCAUUGCGGCUCGGCGCAGAAGUGCAAGACGCUGCUGUUUGAUAGACGGAGGUUAUUUUCAGCGGAUGUGAUCAGACUCUCUCUGCACUCGGAACACGCUGGUUUUGCGGCUGCGGGUCACGGUGAUGAUGAGCGCUACUGCCGACUCUACCGGACCCACAUCCCCACCACCCCGGUGCAGAAGGCUCUGCUGGCGGUCGGGUCCGGUGUGGCUGCGCUGCUGGACCCCUACCGACACGACAUGGUCGCUGUGCUGGGUGAGACGACAGGCGAGCUGGCUCUGAGACGGCUGCGUGAUCGGAUGAGGGGCGACCCCGAGGGUUACCAGAUCCUGCAGGAGAGGCCCCGCAUCAGAGUGUCCACCCUGGAUCUGGGGCGGCUCGGAGCGAUGCCCGAUGGCAGCUUCGGGAGAGAGUACCUGCGCUUCCUCGAGGAGAACGGCGUGACCCCGGACUCUCGUGCGGAUGUGAAGUUCGUUGAUGACGAGGAGCUGGCCUUUGUUAUCCAGCGGUACCGCGAGGUUCACGACUUCAUGCACACGCUGCUCGGCAUGCCCACCAACAUGCUGGGGGAGGUGGUGGUGAAGUGGUUUGAGGUGGUAACCUGCUCUCUCUCUCCGUCUCUCUCUCUCUCAGGGGAGGUGGUGGUGAAGUGGUUUGAGGUGGUAACCUUCUCUCUCUCUCUCUCUCUCAGGGGAGGUGGUGGUGAAGUGGUUUGAGGCGGUAACCUGCUCUCUCUCUCCGUCUCUCUCUCAGGGGAGGUGGUGGUGAAGUGGUUUGAGGCGGUAACCUGCUCUCUCUCUCCGUCUCUCUCUCUCUCAGGGGAGGUGGUGGUGAAGUGGUUUGAGGCGGUAACCUGCUCUCUCUCUC